GAUUGGUUGUUCCUUUUUUGGCUCUCCAACACCGCCUAGACCGACCGGAUACACUGGUAGGGCUUCCGCUUCCCCCUUCGCCCUCCUCCCGGUUGUCCUCCUCUCCCAGUCGGCACCACAGCGGUGGCUGCCGGGCGUGUUGUCGGUGGGUCGGUUGGUUUUUCUCUCACCGUUGGUGUCCGUGCCGUUGAAUUGCCCGCCAUGGCUGAGCUGGAUCCAUUCGGCGCCCCUGCUGGCGCCCCUGGCGGUCCCGCGCUGGGGAAUGGAGUGGCCGGCGCCGGCGAAGAAGACCCGGCCGCGGCCUUCUUGGCGCAGCAGGAGAGCGAAAUUGCGGGCAUCGAGAACGACGAGGCCUUCGCUAUCCUGGACGGCGGCGCCCCCGGGCCCCAGCCUCACGGCGAGCCGCCGGGGGGUCCGGAUGCUGUUGAUGGAGUAAUGAAUGGUGAAUACUACCAGGAAAGUAAUGGUCCAACAGACAGUUACGCAGCUAUUUCACAAGUUGAUCGAUUGCAGUCAGAGCCUGAAAGUAUCCGUAAAUGGAGAGAAGAACAAAUGGAACGCUUGGAAGCCCUUGAUGCCAAUUCUCGGAAGCAAGAAGCCGAGUGGAAAGAAAAGGCAAUAAAGGAGCUAGAAGAGUGGUAUGCAAGACAGGAUGAGCAGUUACAGAAAACAAAAGCAAAUAACAGCACAAACAUAAACCAUCCUUGCUACAGCCUAGAACAGGCAGCAGAAGAAGCCUUUGUAAAUGACAUUGACGAGUCAUCCCCAGGCACUGAGUGGGAACGGGUGGCCCGGCUGUGUGACUUUAACCCCAAGUCUAGCAAGCAGGCCAAAGACGUCUCCCGCAUGCGUUCAGUCCUCAUCUCCCUCAAGCAGGCCCCGCUGGUGCACUGAAGAGCCACCCUGUGGAAACACUACAUCUGCAAUAUAAUCCUACUCAGUGAAGCUCUUCACAGUCAUUGGAUUAAUUAUGUUGAGUUCUUUUGGACCAAACCUUUUUGUCUUUAGAGUUGAUCAUUGUUUGUGAUUGCAUGUUUCCUUCAACUGUGUUCUCCCUGGCAUUCAGAGAGGAGGGGGAGGAGUAAGAGGAAGGGGAGGGAAGCCUCCCAACAGUAGCCUCAACCUGUGCUUUUGUGCAUUAUUCUGAGAAUAAAUUUCUGUUUCAGACUGUA